AUGCUGCACUUCAUUUUCCUAUUUGUAUUACCGCUGGCUUUUGGGCAAUCUGACGAUGCUGAGAAGGAGAAUGGAAUUUGGCCUAGAUGGGAGCAACGGACGAUCCGCUGCACCAAUUCUACGCAGGGCCUCGAUUGCCAUCUGGAGGCACCCGGAUCAAGGAUCCUGAGUGACACGAACCGUUUUAAAUGCCACCGCGAGCCGAUGCCAAAAACCACUUGGAAUGGGCUGCCAGAG